UGAUUUAAUUUAUUUUUUAAAUAGAUGGAUCAAAUUAAUUUUGUCCAAAGCUGGUCACGGUACAACAAUAAGGUGCAAGCCUUGCAGCAGACUCUUGGACUUUCAGCACUGCAAAAAUCAGAGCAAAUCACAUUUCACAAGCCCGGCUCUAGACAGGCAGAUGACUCCACUGGAAAGCCCUUUGUGUCUGGUAACCGGUACAUGACUGCAAGAGAGAUGAAUAAGGAAAUUCUAAAGCAAUAUGGACACUCUGCCAUUCACUCAUUGGCUGAAAGUUACCUAGAAGGCACUAUGAAAAAAUCAUCUAGUGCUCCUCCAAAGCAAGAGGUGAUUGACAAGGUUUUGAUCAGAAGGAGCCUGGCUCAUGGAGACCACAUGAAGGAUUUGGAUGAAGCUAUCAGAAAACUUGAAGCCGCCAAGGGACAUUUGAAGAAAGAGCUGAAGAAUCUAGAAGCACAGAAUGAGUUCUUUGGGCAACCACUACAGGCUGCAGGACCCCAUAUGCUGAGUCUUUCUUAUGAUCCCAGAAAACAACCUAAGAAUACAAACCCACUAGGGAGUGACUUUCUGAAGGGCUUAGAAAUGGAUGAUCCUCUGAUGGAUGACAUUAUAAAAGAAGUAAUGAGUGCAAAUUUUUCUUACCAACCCCAAAAGCGGGAUCCGGCUAUAACAGAACGAAUACAAAAGCUGAAAUUGGAAUCAUCUAGAGAUCAUAUAAUCCUUCUUACAGAAGAGGAAAUUAUUCUUGAGGUGACAUCUGAAAUGAGUAAAUUAAUUGCACAGGAUGUUUUUAAGAGGAUGGCAUUAAAUACAGAGUUUGACUCACAUUUUGAUUCUACAGAGGUUCAAGAAUACUUGAAGAAUACAAAUCCCUUGAAUUUCUAAAAUAAGUCAUGCUAUGUGUAUAUUCACUGCAGUUAACCCUGACAUUUUUUAACAACUAUUAGAGAAUUGUAGUUUGUUAU